GUAACAUGUCCUGGCAGCGCGGGAGCCCUCGGCUGCAAUGAACUUUGGAGCGAGGCUCUGGGCCAGCUGUGGAGUCAGGAUGCUGCCCCAGCCCUGGCGACUCUUCUCCCGGGCCGCAGAGGACGCGGCGCUGCAAAGGAUCCGCAAGGUCUUGUGCGUGGCCGAGAAGAACGAUGCUGCCAAAGGAAUCGCGGAUCUUCUCUCCAACAGCAGGAUGCGGCGGAGAGAAGGUUUUUCCAAGUUCAACAAGAUCUACGAGUAUGACUACCACAUGUUUGGCCAGAACGUUACUAUGGUGAUGACAUCCGUGUCAGGACAUUUACUGGCCCAUGAUUUUAAGCUGCCUUUUCGCAAAUGGCAUAGCUGCAACCCCCUAGCACUUUUUGAUGCUGAAAUUGAGAAGUAUUGUCCUGAAAAUUAUGUGGAUAUUAAGAGGACCCUCGAACGAGAAGUCCAGCAAUGCCAAGCUCUGGUAAUCUGGACCGAUUGUGAUCGAGAAGGAGAGAAUAUCGGUUUUGAAAUCAUUCACGUCUGCAAAGCUGUAAAGCCAAACCUCCGGGUUUUCCGAGCCCGUUUCUCCGAGAUUACGCUCCAUGCAGUCAGAUCAGCCUGUGAGAAUCUCACCCAGCCAGAUCAGAAAACGAGCGAUGCUGUUGAUGUGAGGCAGGAGCUGGACCUCAGGAUAGGUGCUGCCUUCACUAGAUUCCAGACACUGAGGCUCCGGAAAAUUUUUCCUGAUGUUCUAGCAGAUCAGCUCAUCAGCUAUGGUAGCUGCCAGUUCCCAACACUAGGGUUUGUAGUCGAACGCUUUAAAGCCAUCCAGGCCUUCGUUCCUGAAGCCUUCUACAAAAUCAAAGUGACACACGAACAUGAGGACAACACUGUGGUCUUCAACUGGAAGAGGAAUCGACUCUUUAAUCACACGGCUUGCCUGGUCCUCUACCACAUGUGUAUGGAGAAUCCUGUAGCAACUGUUGUUGAGGUUAUAAGUAAGCCAAAGAGCAAAUGGAGACCUCUGCCUCUGGACACUGUGGAACUUGAGAAAUUGGCUUCCCGUAAACUGAAAAUAAAUGCUAAAGAAACCAUGAGAUUAGCAGAAAAACUCUACACUCAAGGGUUCAUAAGCUAUCCCCGAACGGAGACCAACAUUUUCCCCAAGGAGCUCAACCUCUCUGUCCUGGUACAACAGCAGACCCAGGACCCAAACUGGGGAGCAUUUGCACAGAGGAUUUUGGAACAGGGUGGGCCAACCCCUCGAAGUGGAACCAAAUCAGACCAGGCUCACCCUCCCAUUCAUCCUACCAAAUACACUGCUAACCUGCACGGGAAUGAGCAGAGACUGUACGAAUUCAUCGUGCGCCAUUUCUUGGCUUGCUGCUCGCAAGAUGCUAAAGGACAGGAAACAACCGUGGAGAUUGACAUUGCUAAUGAACGAUUCAUCGCUCAAGGACUAAUGAUCUUGGCCCGAAAUUAUCUGGAGGUGUAUCCUUAUGAGAAGUGGAGUGAUAAGGUUAUCCCAGUAUAUCAGAAAGGAUCCCGCUUCCAGCCCACCACAGUGGAGAUGGUGGAUGGGGAAACGAGCCCUCCCUCGCUCCUCACCGAAGCAGAUCUCAUUGCGCUCAUGGAGAAGCACGGCAUAGGGACUGAUGCCACUCACGCCGAGCACAUCGAGACCAUUAAGCUGCGGAUGUACGUGGGCCUUACUGCAGAUCAGAGGUUCCUUCCAGGCCACCUGGGCAUGGGGCUGGUUGAAGGCUAUGACUCCAUGGGUUAUGAGAUGUCCAAGCCUGACCUUCGAGCUGAGCUGGAAGCUGACCUGAAGCUGAUCUGUGAGGGGAAGAAAGACAAACUCAUAGUGUUGCAGCAGCAGGUCCAGAAGUACAAGCAAGUCUUCAUCGAGGCUGUGGCUAGAGCCAACAAAUUGGAUGAAGCCCUGGCKCAGUAUUUUGGACAAGGCACGGAAAUCGCAGAGCAAGAGGAGGUCUACCCGGCAAUGCCGGUUUCCGUUCGGAAGUGCCCGCAGUGCAACAAUGACAUGGUCCUGAAGACCAAGAGGAACGGGGGGUUCUACCUCAGCUGCAUGGGCUAUCCAGCUUGUAAAACUGCAGUCUGGUUUCCUGACUUUGUGCUGGACGUAGCUAGGGAUGAGAGUGUCUGCGCUGUGUGCAAACCCCACCCUGUUCACAGAUUGAAGUUUAAGUUCAAGAGAGGCAGCGUCCCACCCACGAUGCCCCUGGAGUUUGUUGGCUGUAUCGGAGGCUGCGACGAGAUGCUUCGAGAGCUCUUGGACCUGAAAUACUUGCACCGGCCAGCCCAGCCCAACCCUUGCUCAGCCACCCAGCCAGCUAAUCACUCGCAGGGCAACCACUCCCUUAACAGAGGGGCUGGUGGUGAAAAAAGGCACGUGAAGAGGACCACAAACCAGGCACCAGGGCAGCUGCUGUCGUUGAGCUCAACAAGGGCGCCCAGGCCGGCUCCUUCCGCGGCUCCGGAUGAUGGGAACAACGCAGUGACCUGCAACUGCGGGAACGAAGCAGUGCUGCUAACUGUGCGCAAAGAGGGGCCCAACCAAGGCAGGCAGUUUUACAAAUGCAGCGCCAGCACCUGCAACUUCUUCCUCUGGGCUGAUCAGCGGCCAGAGGACAGAGGGGACACCGCGCCGCCAGGCUCCGCGCCGCCCCGGCCCUUUGCGGGAAGGGGCCCUACCAAUUUUCCAAGCCCAGGAGGAGGAGGAGGAGGAGGGGGAGGAGGAGGAGGAGGGAGAGGCUCGGAGCCCUUCGGAAGCAGCAGCUGCGAUUCGGGCGGCGCUGUGUGCAGGUGUGACCAGCCCGCCGUCACGCGCACCGUGCAGAAGGACGGGCCCAACAAAGGGCGGCAGUUCCACACGUGCCCCAAGCCCAGAGACCAGCAGUGCGGCUUCUUUCAGUGGGCGGACGAGAACGUGGCGCCAGGCGCUUCUGGAGAUUCCUUGAAUCGUUUUGGCAGCAGUGGCUCCUCACGGGAGUUUGGAAGUAAAUCUAAGAGACCAAGCAGUGUCUCCUCAGCAGCCACUGCCAAGAAACCACGGACCUGUAGCAUUUGCCACCAGCCUGGCCACACCAAGAAAACCUGUCCUCAAGACCACUGAGCCCCAGCCCAACAGCCCUCGAGAAUUGGAAAGGUGCAGGGUUGCAAGCUGCUGUGGCAGCAACUGCUCCUGGAAGGAACUGAAGGCUGUAAGUUGAUCUGUGCCCAGGGCUUUCUGGAAAGCCUGGUAGUUCCUACAUACGCCAGGACAGCAAGAGUCAGACCAGCUUUGAAAGGUGGCUCCAUUAAUGGGGUCAGCCACGUGGUUUCAGCUGGUUUUCUACUGAGCUGAUGGGGAUAAGCUAAAGGUAACAAGCAUUUGGAAACAGUGGGUCUGCAGGGAAAGCAGCACUGGAUCUGACUGCAGCUCCUGCUGUGGCRGCUGCUUCAUGCAGCCUUUCUGCACGAGCAAGAGGCAGUUCUUAGCCACUGGGACAGGCACGAGAGCUGCUCAGCUCUUCUGCAUCCCUGGCUUUCCACAGAGUGGAAUUUUAUUACAAGUUGUCCUCCUCUUUUGAGGUUAUCUGAGCAAUGUCCCCCUUUCUUUUUUGUCAUAGUCCAGUACCUUCCUUACCUUGGCUGUCUCCACCUGAGGAGAGCCAGGUGCAGAGAAACCAGAUCUGGUGCUUGCCUGGAAAGGAAGUGCUCAGAAAGAGCCCUCAUUUUAGACAGCUCCUGAAUUUGGAACUGAGUUCUUCCUGAGGCAUUGAGGCRUGCCUAGAUGAUGAUGCUGGUUACUGGAAGUUAUUUUGGUCAAACUAAUAAGGUUAUUAUUAAAAAUUAAUUUUU